GAGGAGCCUGAAACAGCAACCAAUAUAGAAAAAACAGACGCUCCUUAACACAAGAGCAUGUUUUUGGAAAUAAAAGCAUCAGUAAUGACUAAUAGCACUCUUUAGACCAAGGCUAACAGGUUGCUCACGAUGGCCACAGCAGACACUGAUGUCAGCCAGUCUCCUGAGGAGCCCAGGACCAAGAGAGGCUACCAGCAAAAGAUCUUUGUGAACAGAAGCCUGACACUAGAAAACAUCAAAUGCUAUGGGUUUGAUAUGGACUACACAUUGGCAAUUUACAAAUCACCUGACUUUGAGAACAUGUGCUUUGAGAUGAUCAGAGACCGACUGGUUUGUAUGGGUUACCCUCAUGAUCUACUGCGCUACACCUAUGACCCCAGCUUUCCCACAAGAGGUUUGGUGAUUGACACAACAUUUGGCAAUCUCCUCAAGGUGGAUUCAAAUGGGAAUAUUCUGGUCAGCUCUCAUGGCUUCUACUUUCUCAAAGGGUAUGACAUUAAAAAAUAUUAUCCCAACAAGUUUAUUCAGAGGCAUGACACUGAUCGCUUCUACAAUCUCAGCACUCUCUUCAAUCUGUCUGAGACUUACAUCUACUCCUGCCUCGUGGACUUCUUCACAAGAUGCACACGAUACGAAAACCUAACCACAGGUUUCCAACAUGGUGACCUGAUGAUGACCUUCAGAAGUAUGUAUCAGGAUGUCCGAGCCGCCAUGGAUUACAUUCAUGACAAAGUGAUUUUGGUGUCCUUAAGGACAAAAACCAUUAGGAAUUUGGAGAAGUACGUAGAAAAGGAUCCUAAUCUGCCAUACUUUUUAACAAGAAUUAAAGAGGUGGCCAAAGUGUUUCUGGCAACAAACAGUGACUACUGUUACACAGAAGCUAUAAUGAAAUACCUACUAGAAACCACAGUUAAGCCUGGCAGUCCCAUAAAACCUUGGCGCUCCUACUUUGAUCUCAUUGUUGUGGACACCAGGAAGCCCCAGUUCUUUGGAGAUGGGACAGUUCUGAGACAAGUGGACACGGACACAGGAAAACUGCGUAUUGGAACCUACAUAGGGGACCUCCAGCAUGGGACUGUGUAUUCCGGAGGUUCCUCCGACGUAAUUUGUGAUCUGCUAAAUGUCCAGGGGAAGGACAUCCUGUAUGUUGGAGACCAUAUCUUUGGAGAUAUCCUCAGAUCCAAGAAGAGACAGGGCUGGAAAACGUUUCUGGUGGUACCUGAGCUGAGUAAGGAGCUGGAGGUGUGGGAGAAGAACAGAGGUCUGUUUGAGGAGCUCAAGCGCCUGGACAUCUUCUUAGCAGAGCUUCACAAAAACGUGGACAGCACAGAUCCAGAGAUUCAUGCUAUUCAGUACAGAAUGAAGGUGCUGACCUACAGAAUGGACAUAGCCUACAGUCAGAUGGGCAGCCUUCUGCGGAGUGGAGCCAGACAGACCCUCUUUGCCAGUCAACUAAUAAGAUAUGCUGAUCUCUACUCUACCAGCUGUAUCAACCUACUCUUCUACCCACUCAAUUACCUUUUCUUGGCCCCUCCAGUCCUGAUGGCCCAUGAAAUGACCUCUGCAGACAACCCUCCCGACUAUUCAGAGCUCUGACCUAUAUCUUCUCUCUGAGACAUCUUGACUCACAGCAACCUACAACAUAAACAGAAGAGUCUAUUUUAUAUAUAUAAAAACAAUCAGUCAGCUUAAUACAAUUACCUCUUGUUCAUCAGUGGCAUAAAGGUUAACAAUGUCUUUGAUGCUAUUAUCCCAUUAGUUCAGAUGCUAGUAGCUUGAAAGCAGCUCCCUCUGCUGGACAUGGGCUCCCAUCCAAAACGCACAUAGACAAUUCAAAGUGACAUUUUUUUAUUCAUUUUAAAGUGGUUUAAAUAUGACUAUUAUAAUAUGUUAAAUGUGCUUGCUUAAGAUUGAUUUAC